AUGGAGGCACCGCCCAGCGGCCGCGUUCCCGCCGAGGGCGCCCAGCCGCCGGCCGUGGCCGAGGUGCGCUGCCCCGGCCCCGGACCGCUGCGCCUGCUCGAGUGGAGGGUGGCGGCUGGCGCGGCCGUACGCAUCGGCUCUGUGCUGGCCGUGUGCGAGGCCGCCGCCUCCGCGCAGCCCACCGGGCCCGCCCCUACCCGCGCCGGCUCCGGGGGCUGCGUGCGCACGGAGCGCAGGCUGAGGUCGGAGCGCGCGGGCGUGGUGCGGGAGCUGUGCGCGCAGCCCGGCCAGGUGGUGGCUCCCGGGGCGGUUCUGGUGCGAUUAGAAGGAUGUAGCCACCCCGUCGUCAUGAAAGGCCUGUGCGCCGAGUGUGGCCAAGACCUGACCCAGCUGCAGAGUAAGAAUGGGAGGCCGCAGGUGCCGCUGUCCACGGCCACCGUGUCGAUGGUGCACAGCGUCCCCGAGCUAAUGGUGAGCUCCGAGCAAGCCGAAGAGCUGGGAAGGGAGGACCAGCAGCGACUGCAUCGCAGCAGGAAGCUAGUGCUCAUGGUGGACCUGGACCAGACCCUGAUCCACACGACGGAGCAGCACUGCCCGCAGAUGUCCAACAAGGGCAUAUUCCACUUCCAGCUGGGCCGGGGCGAGCCGAUGCUGCACACCCGUCUGCGUCCGCACUGCAGGGGGUUCCUGGAGAAGACCGCCAAGCUGUACGAGCUUCACGUCUUCACGUUCGGCAGCCGGCUGUACGCGCACACGAUCGCAGGCUUCUUAGAUCCUGAGAAGAAGCUUUUUUCACAUCGAAUAUUAUCAAGGGACGAAUGUAUUGACCCGUUUUCCAAAACGGGGAACCUUAGAAAUCUUUUUCCUUGUGGAGACUCCAUGGUGUGCAUCAUCGAUGACCGAGAAGACGUGUGGAAGUUUGCCCCCAACCUGAUAACUGUGAAGAAAUACGUGUACUUCCAGGGCAUAGGUGACAUCAACGCCCCGUCCGGGUCCCGGGAGCCCCAGGCGAGGAGAGUCAGCCCUUCUCCCAAAGGUGCCGACGCCACGGAGCGGCCUCCGUCCGGCAAGGAUCCCGAGGAAGGAAGGCAGGUGUCUGGGGUCGAGCAGAGCAACGGCCUCGGGAAGCCCACGCGGGAGCUCAACGGGGGCGCAGGCCCUCGGGGGGGCUGGCCCUGUGCUGGGCAGGAGGAGGAGAGGGGCGCCCGGCCCGCCGCCUGCGCCCCCUCCGCUGACGGCCGGGGGCCCCUGGCGGGCACCCAGCAGCACGGGCGGACACCGCCGGGGAAGAGGCCCGUGCUGGGCCCGGUGGGCCCUGACCCGGACCCAGAUGUCCCCAGCGACAGCGGCAGCAACAGCGAGUCCGAGGGCCGGCCGUCCCCCGGCCCCUCUGAUGGGGAGAGUGCAGAGCAGAGGACCCGGAGAAAGCCUGCGGCCACCCGCCAUGCUGGGGACACCGCGGCCCAGGGCGGCGCCCCGGGCGCCAGUCCGUGCCUGGAGCCCGGGCCCGGCGUCCAGGCUGCCGUGCAGGGGGAGGGCGAGCGGGACGGCCUCUGCGGGCUGGGCGGCGGCUGUGCCGACAGGAGGGAGGCCGAGACGGAGUCCCAGAACAGCGAGCAGUCAGGCAUCACGGUGGGCGAGUCCCUGGACCAGAGCGCGGAGGAGGAGGAGGAGGAGGACGCCGACGCCGACGACCACCUGGUCCACCUGGAGGAGGUCCUCGCCCGCGUGCACGCUGCCUACUACGCCAGGUACGACCGCUUUCUCCGCGGGGAGGCCCAGGACGCCCCCGACAUCCGGAAGAUUGUCCCCGAGCUGCGCGGCAGGGUGCUGGCCGACGUCGCAAUCAUCUUCAGCGGGCUGCACCCCACGAACUUCCCCGUCGAGAAGACGCGGGAGCACUACCACGCCACAGCCCUGGGCGCCAGGAUCCUCACCCAGCUGGUGCUGGAGCCCGGCAGCCCCGACCGGGCCACCCACCUGAUCGCCGCGCGGGCCGGCACGGAGAAGGUGCGCCAGGCCCAGGAUUCCGGGCAGCUGCACGUGGUCAACCCCGACUGGCUGUGGAGCUGCCUGGAGCGCUGGGACAAGGUGGAGGAGCGGCUGUUCCCGCUACGUGGUGACCCGGCCAAAUCCCAGAGGGAGGACAGCCCGGCCGCCUUUCCCGACAGGCAGGGCCUGCUUCCAACCACUCUGUUGCAUCCAACACCUGUGCAUGCCAAGGCCCCCCCUGGCCCUGAAGUUCGGAUCUACGACGCCAGCACGGGCAAGCUCCUCCGCAGGGGCGCUGCGGGCCCCGGGCCCCCCGGCUCCCUGCCUGUGCAUGCGGAGCUCUCCUUCAGGUGCGCGCGCCCUGCACGCGAAGGUAUGUUUGGUGAAGACUUGCCAGCUAAUCAAGAUGGAGAGCAGCCUGGUCCUUCUAGAAGGAAGCGGCAGCCCAGCAUGUCGGAGACCAUGCCACUGUACACGCUGUGUAAGGAGGACUUAGAGAGUAUGGAUAAAGAGGUGGAUGACAUCCUGGGAGAGGGCAGCGAUGACAGUGACAGCGAGAAGAAGCCAGGAGAUCCGCAGCACCGGCACCGGGGACCGAGGCCCGGGCAGCCCGAGGCCCUGGGCGCCCCACGGCGGCCCACGCUCAGGUCAGCGCCACCCACUGAGAGGAAUGCAGCAGACGGCUGGGGGCCCAGGAGAGGAGCGGGGCUCAGGGGCCACAAGAGGAAGCUGAACGAAGAGGACGCAGCCAGCGAGUCCAGCGGAGCGUCCAGCUGUGAGGACGAGGAGGGGGGCAGCUCAGAGGCGGACGAGAUGGCGGCCGCGCUGGAGGCCGAGCUUGGCGACCUCAUGUGA